AUGGCCGACGAAACGAACGACUCAGACUUUGUCUGUAUAGACACUGCCAGCUCUACUACAGAAGACCGCCCAACGCCUUCAACCGUCAUGUCGGGAGACGCGCCCGCAAACGAGAAAAGGGAUGAAGCUCUCAAAGAAAGGAACUCUUCGUCUGACAGCAACGUUAAAGAAACAAAAGAGAUCAACCAAUCUCACGACAAUCUCGCUCGCCACAUUGAGCAUCAUCCCAUCCCGGGCAGGAUAUACAUAAUCCGAACCAGACAAGAGCCACGCCGCGUCCUCAGCGUACGAUACGGAUCGCUGAUACUAUUGCGUACCCCCAAGCUUGGCGACGGGGUUCUCUGGUACUGUCUUGAGAAACGCAACUGGUACAGCUUUUAUAACAGAGCCUCUGGUGCAUCCCUUGGCUACAGCGGAACACCAGGUAGAAUGGCGGCGUUGAGUCAAGUCUUUCAUGAAGCACAGCAAUGCCUCAUGCCAAUUAGGCAAGAAGGUGGCGGGUAUAUCCUACAUACACUUCACCCUGAGACAGGGGAGCUAUGGCAAGUGGCGGUCGAGGAGAAUGAGUAUGGAGGUCGUUUAUUUGAAACAAAGGCGGAGGGUACGGCCUUGGAUUUCAUUGAUACCAAGUAUCUGCGCUCUUCUAUAUCACUUGCGCUUCCCAAUAUGGAAGAAGAGAUACUGUUCAAGCAAGAGUGA